GGAGAGCGCAUUUUAGCGCGCGCUCUCUUUAGGUAGGAAAAAAAUGGCGGUGGCGCCAAAUCCAACGACGCCACUGGAUGGGGCGAGGUGGAGCGCGAGCUGCGAGAGCAGCGGGCGGGACGGCGAUGAGGCGCGGGCGGGAUUGGAAUUCGCAGCGUCGGAUGGGAGGAUUGGUGGGAGCGCCAAGGAGCAGCUGCUGGAGGAGCUCGUCUAUGGCGAGUGGGAUGAGGCGGACGAGGAGGAGGACGAGGAUUGGGAGCCCGGGUCGACGCUGGAGCUCCGGGUCCGAUGGUUUUGUGUAAAUUGCACAAUGCCCAAUGUGGAAGAGAGCACGCAUUGCAAGCUUUGUUCGGAGCAUCGCUACUCCGGAAUUUUGAAUCAAGGACACUUGGCGCCAGCAUUUACUCAAGCUGGCACUGAGGAGCUUGCCAAAGAUGUCAAGGCCCUCAAGCGCUUAUCCGUGAGAAGAACUGCGAUUGGAUAUGAUGAUCGAAUGCUGCUACACGCAGAGUUUCAAAUGAAGUCCAAUCCUCAUCCAGAAAGGCCAGACCGUCUACGGUCGAUCCUGGCGGGCUUUACAGCAGCUGGAUUGUAUCCAGGGGGGUGCAUUCUGAUACCUGCAAGAGAGAUCACUCGAGUUGAACUGGAGACAGUUCACACACACGAGCACGUCGAGGUUGUUGAGGCAACGUCGAGUUUAGAAUCUAGUUACUUUACAUCGGACACUUACGCUAACGGUCAUUCGGCGUUAGCAGCGAGGCUAGCUGCUGGUGUCUGUGCUGAUUUAGCAUCAGCGAUUUUGAGUGGCCAAGUCGACAAUGGUUUUGCCUUGGUAAGACCGCCGGGACAUCAUGCCGAAGGAGCGACCGUGAUGGGGUUUUGCUUGCAUAAUAACGCAUGCAUAGCUGCCAAAGCAUCUCAGGCCGCUGGUGCCAAGAAAGUUUUGAUAGUUGAUUGGGAUGUUCAUCAUGGUAAUGGAACGCAAGAGAUUUUCGAGCACGAUCCAUCCGUGCUGUACAUUUCACUACAUAGGCAUGAAGGAGGCUUGUUUUAUCCGGGAAGUGGAGCCGCUCAUGAGGUCGGGUCGGGUCCUGGAGAAGGAUUUUCGAUAAACAUACCAUGGCCAUGUUCUGGAAUUGGCGACAAUGACUACAUUGUUGCCUUCCAACAUAUCGUACUUCCUAUAGCAAAGCAGUUUGCACCGGAUAUUACGAUUGUGUCGGCGGGCUUUGACGCCGCACGGGGAGAUCCUCUGGGAGGCUGCCAGGUGACCCCUGCCGGUUUUGCACAGAUGACGCAGUUGUUAAGUACAGUUUCUGGGGGAAAGCUCCUGGUAGUUUUGGAAGGCGGAUACAACUUGAGAUCGAUCUCUGCCUCUGCGACGGCAGUAUUGAGAGUUCUGUGCGGAGAGGCCCCGGAAAGCUUAGACGACGAAGAGCUCCUGCCAAGUGAAGCGGGAUGGGCUACAGUGCUCGAGGUUUACGCUGUACAGUCGCGGUAUUGGUCAGCUUUGUGCCUUCCAGCCUUUAUGAAGUUCACUUCACAGCACAUCAAUGGGCACUUGAAAGAGCCUCUUCUACCUGCUGCCGAAGUUGGAUGACCUGCUUCGUUGGAAAAGCUUGCCCGUCUAGAUAGCCUCCAUUCCACUCCUUUUGAACCGGGCGAGGAGCAUGUAUGCUGCUUCGUUCUCAAAUCCAGGGAGAGUGAAUGCCGCUAGCUGACUCCCACAGUGCUUCACUGCUGCGUCCCGAGUGAAACUUUUCCUGCCUGUAAUUUCCAUCCGGAGAGGCCUGCGAUUGAUAAGUUGUUUCCCUUUUGGCGGAACAAACGAAUUGAUACUUCCAACGCUUUCAGA